GCAGCACCCAGCACCGAGCCGCCCGUCCGCCGCCGAACUUUUUAUUUAUCAACGCUUCUCUUCCUCCCUGCUCUCUGCUCUGCUCCUGCUCGUCAGCCUUCUUCCUCUCCUCUUCUUCUCUUCUUCUUGAGAUUCAUCUCAUCUAGUCCUCGAGGCUCUUCUUCUUCUUCUUCUUCUUCUUCUUCUCUCUCUCUUCUUUCCCCUCCUCUCCACCAUGCGUCCCGCUCCUCGUCUCGCCGCCCUCCCCCUCGCCCUGCGCGCCGUCUCUCGUCGCGCCUACGCCACCGUCCCUCCUCCUCCCCCUCCAGCAAAGAAGGGCGGCUUCAGACGCGUCGGCACCUUCCUCUGGCGCGCAACCUACUCCUCUGUCAUCGUCGGCGUCGGUCUCCUCGCCUACAACAUCUACGACGGUCGCCACCCUGUCGACCAAUUGCCUCCUGACCCGUCCAAGAAGACUCUUGUUAUUCUUGGCUCCGGAUGGGGUGCGGUCUCGCUUCUCAAGAAGCUCGACACCGAAAACUACAACGUUGCCGUGGUCUCGCCGCGCAACUUCUUCCUCUUCACUCCUCUGCUUCCCUCCUGCACCACCGGCACAAUCGAGCACCGCUCAAUCAUGGAACCCCUCCGCCACAUCCUCCGCCACAAGAAGGCCUCGGUCGCCUUCUACGAGGCCGAGUGCACUGACAUCGACCCCGUCAAGCGCACAAUCACCAUGCGCGACAACUCAGAGGUCAAGGGCGACAUCGCCGAGACCUCGCUUCCGUUUGACUACCUCGUGAUUGGCGUCGGUGCGCAAAACACCACCUUCGGCAUCCCCGGUGUCGAGGAGAACGCCUGCUUCCUCAAGGAGAUCCAGGACGCGCAAAAGAUCCGCACGCGCAUCAUGGACUGCAUCGAGACCGCCACGUUCAAGGACCAGUCGCCCGAAGAGCGCAAGCGUCUUUUGCACAUGGUCGUCGUCGGCGGUGGUCCCACCGGUGUCGAGUUUGCUGGCGAGCUUCAGGAUUUCUUCGAGGAGGACCUCCGCAAGUGGGUUCCCGAGAUUGAGACCGAUUUCCACGUCUCGCUCGUGGAGGCGCUUCCCAACGUUUUGCCUAUGUUUUCCAAGGAAUUGAUUUCGUACACCGAGAAGACGUUCAAGGACGAGAAGAUUGAUAUCCACACCAAGACCAUGGUCAAGAAGGUUACCGACAAGUCCAUCUUUGCCGAGGUUGUCAAGCCUGAUGGAUCAAAGGAGAUGAUCGAGAUGCCCUACGGAUUGCUCGUCUGGGCUACCGGAAACAUGCCCCGCAACGUUGUUCGCAACCUGAUGAAGAAGAUCCCCGAGCAGGCCAACUCGCGCCGCGGUCUCGAGGUCAACGAGUACCUUGUCGUCAAGGGCACCGAGGGCAUCUGGGCCGUCGGCGACUGCUCGGUCACCAAGUACGCUCCCACCGCCCAGGUCGCCACCCAGGAGGGUGCAUACCUCGCCCGUCUGUUCAACACCAUGGCCAAGACUCAGUCGCUCGAGGAGGAGGUCGAGUACCUCGAGCAGCUCGCCAACGGCGCGACCGCGCCCGAGGACAAGAAGACUGUCACUUCCGAGAUCGAGGUCAAGGCCAAGGCGCUCCGUCGCACCAAGCGUCUUAUGCCGUUCCAGUACACACAUCAGGGAUCGCUUGCCUACAUUGGCUCUGACCGCGCUAUUGCCGAUCUGACGUUCGGCGAGGGCAACAACAUGUCUUCGUCGGGCCAGAUGACGUAUCUCUUCUGGAGAUCCGCGUACGUGUCGAUGGUGUUCAGCACCCGCAACAAGUUGCUUGUGAUUAUGGAUUGGCUCAAGGUCAAGAUGUUUGGCCGUGACGUCAGCAGAGAGUAG